AUGAUUCUUCUGUUCCUAUCCCUACUGAACAUUUCCAUCGCUUCUGAGCUCUCCUGUCUCGCUCAUUUUCCUAUCAAGGAGUCUGUAAAUAUUGUUAAACGGUUGGUGGCAAAGUAUGCCAUUCCGGUAAUUAGAAAAGAUGAGAAUGGGAUCGAAUGGAUGAACAACCUUAUCGUGAAGAAUAAAGGUCUAGAGAUCGACGGCACGCGUUACUUCCUCAACGACAAUCGGCUUCCACCAGAAAUGACGUUCUACUUUGGUGACUCAUUGAUACUCGAUUCAGUACCAAUUUUUGUGGUUGAUGAAGAUCAAUUGGAGAAAUGGAGGCCGGAUUUUCCGGAUAGGACCUACAGUUUGACAAAAAUCAGCCACCAGUGUAGCGUUGGUCAAAGAGCUUGUGGAUUAAAGUGUUGUUACAACGAAAUGGAUAAGAUCCAAAAGGGUUUCCUGGAAACAAGUGCGGGUGGAAACCUAACAAACUCCAUGACCUUCGUCUACAAUGACGUCAUUUAUUCGUUGAACUCCAAGCAUAACUCCUCAUCAGUUAGGUGCUCUUAUGCCCUUUCCUAUCACGAUCUCCUUUUUCGCCAAGCCAAUAUGGAUGGGAAACCUGUUUCCACAAUCCAUUUCUCUUGUCCGGAAACUUUUUCUUGCUGUGGUCUCACCUGCUUGCCGUCGCCUGAAAGUGCACUUCUUCGAAAACCAAGGAAAGCUGAAUCGUUUUCUGUCAAACUCCAUCGUCAAAAGAAUGUUCUUCUAAUAGCUGGAGCGUUGCUCGCAUUCACCGCCUUCGUAGGAGUCACAUACAUUAACUACCGGACCACCUCUCUCUACUCUUCAAGAUCGUCCCUUGAUUCCACUCAUUCAAGAAGUCGUGUGAGCCGGCAAACAGUUGACACGCAAACGUCGACAUCUUCUUUGCAUGCUUAUGUUGAUUCUCGAACACCACUGACUAAUAUUCAUGCUGUUUGA